UCAACUCUGAGUCUUUAAUUUCUUACUGCUAGGCAUCCACAUCAACAACCAUGUCUGAAACCGUACCUGCUGCGCCUCCUGUUACUUCUGCGGAAAAGACGCCUGUGAAGAAGGCUCGCAAGUCUGCUGGUGCCGUGAAGCGCAAGGCGUCCAGGCCCCCGGUAUCCGAGCUCAUCACCAAGGCUGUCUCCGCUUCCAAGGAGCGCAGCGGCAUGUCCCUGGCUGCGCUCAAGAAGGCGCUGGCAGCUGGCGGCUACGACGUGGAGAAGAACAACAGUCGGAUCAAGCUAGGUCUCAAGAGCCUGGUGAGUAAGGGCACCCUGGUGCAGACCAAGGGCACCGGCGCCUCUGGCUCUUUCAAGCUCAACAAGAAGUCGGCCACCGAGGAAGCGAAGCCCAAAGCCAAGAAAGCGAGCGCGACCAACCCCAAGAAGGCUACUGGGGCAAAGAAGCCCAGGAAGGCCACAGGCGCUGCCAGUCCGAAAAAAACCGCCAAGAAGACCCCAAAGGCAAAGAAACCAUUAGCAGGUACCGGGGCCAAGAAAGUGGUCAAGAGCCCGAAAAAGGUGAAGACAGCCAAACCGAAGAUGGCCAAGAGUCCAGCCAAGGCCAGAAUUCAUAAGCACAAGGUAGCCAAGCUUAAAGCGGUCAAGCCAAAGAAGGCGGCCCCCAAAAAGAAGUAA